GUAAAUCGUUGUGAUAUAAUGGUUCGCAGGAGCGGCUUUGUGCACAUUGAGAGACUGUGACUCACAAGUAGCUAUGUAAAUACAUGAACUCAUAGGAUGGUGUAAAGUAGGCGAGGUUUUCUAUCUCACUUUUUCCUCUCUCUCUCUCUCUCUCUCUCUCUCUCUCUCUCUCUCUCUCUCUCUCUCUCUCUCUCGCUCGCUCGCUCGCUCUAUUUUCUUCUUCACUGUACCGCACUGUGUAGUUCUGCAGCCACGUCGCAGACACAGACAGCAUCGCUUUUUAAAAACCUUUCUCUAACCACACAGUUGGACUGAAAGCACCGAUAACUAUUGUAUCUUUUCGUCUAUUUAGUAAGAUAGUUGAUUGGGAAAUAUUUAUUUUAUAACCUGCUUUUCUAGUUACGGAAAAGUUGUGGUUCCUCUCGGCUGUGGUCAUGGAUCCUGAUAAUUUGCUAGGUGAGGAAGAGAACGAGAAGACAACAUCCGAGAGGAAAGAGGAUGGAGAAGAAGCACGCAAAGCAGGAAGACCACCAUUGUCCCGCAUUCCUACCUUUCAAAGCGCCUUGGCCCGCAAGCGAGUCACCGUACAAAGUGCAGAGUCAUCGCCGAAGAUGGAUGUAUCCAGCCAGCCGGGCCAAAAAGAGCGAGCAGAGGCUGGACGAGUGAAAAUGUCAGUAUAUGGGGGGAGAGAAACAGCACUGCCCGACCCAUCCGCACAUUUGAACACAGGCAGUACUGAUGUAUUGUCUCAAGGUGAUAUCUCCACCUCCAGUCCUUCAGCUCUGAAAAGAGAUCAUGCCUUUGAUCAAACACCUGAGAAUACAGUGGACGCUGAUGAGGUUAAAUCAGCACUGCUGCGUCCCCCCCUCAGGAAAGUCAAAGAGAAACAUGUCACCUCUGAUCUCAUCACAGAGCCCCUUUCUGAAUUUGAGACUGCCAGCGGAGAGACCCUUUCUGAAGAUGAACAGAUGUCAACGCAGGACGCAGUCCUGGAGGAUCUGAGCUCAUGCUCCUCCGUUGAUCAUGAAGAAACGUCUGAUCAACCUUGUGGAGAGAGUUUGAUAGAGGACUUCGAAGAGGAAAGCGGGAAAGAGGCGGUAUACCAACCGGAGCCGAUUGAAGAAAAUUGUGUCAGAGAGACUGAUGUGAAACAGCGCACUGUUCCAGAUAAGGUUGAUGGAGGCAUGCAAGAUGAAAGUGCUAAAAGGCAGAAACCGUCAGAUCGUAAAGAGUCAGAAAAAUGCUUGAAAGAAACUAGAAAGACAAUCAAAGCAGAAGAUGCUAGUCAUGCAAAACAAAGCAAAACCAGAAUGUACGCACCCUCAAAGAAAAAAGGAAGGAGCUGUCCUGUUUUCUGUCUCCUGCCCUCCGUUCUUCUUCUCUUGGGUGGAUUUGGACUGCACAUCUGGCAGUAUGGAAUCCCUAAAUCAGUAUCGCACCUAAUGUCACAACUGGAGCUGCACUGGCUGGAAUCGUUUUGGAUGCCACAAGAGACAUGCACCUCUGACUGUAGGCUUACUCUUGUUGAGAGUCUCCCGGAGGGCGUGUACUUCCCUUCCGGGUCGCCUCACCUGCCGAGCAUCUCAGAUGCGUGGACUAACUUACUAAACCGAGCAAACAGCUCUGCCCACAUUUCUGCGUUCUAUUUCACCCUCCGAGACUCAGACCUGGGCCUUACAGAGCCCUCUUCGGCACAGGGCAAAGAAGUGUUUAACCAACUAAAGCAGCUGGAACCAAAGGGAGUGAAGUUGAGGAUCGCUGUAAAAGCCCCUCAGCCAUAUAUCGCAGACACAGACGAACUGGUAGCAACAGGGGCUGAAGUCAGGGGAAUUGAUCUACAGAGUGUCACUGGCGGCAUUUUGCACACCAAACUAUGGGUUGUGGAUAAGAAACACAUGUAUGUAGGGAGUGCUAACAUGGACUGGAGAUCUCUUACCCAGGUGAAAGAGGUUGGAGUAUCUGUGGAAGACUGCAGCUGUUUAGCUCAAGACGCCUCACGGAUAUUUGACCUUUACUGGGACAUUGGAGCUCAGAAGAAUGAAUCUCUACCUCCAUUCUGGCCGGCCCGGUUUUCUGCCCUCUCCAGUGCUAAGUACCCGUUAGCUGUUAAAUUCAACGAUGUCCCUGCACGUGUCUAUUUGUCUAGUUCCCCUCCUGCUUUAUCAUCAUAUGGGCGUUCUGAUGACCUCUCUAGUAUCCUAUCAAUAAUUGCUGAUGCUGAGAAGUUCAUCUAUGUGUCUGUGAUGGAUUACCUUCCACUUUCCCAGUUCACAGAACCCGUUCGGUUUUGGCCCGCCAUUGACUCGACCCUUCGCGAAGCUGCUUGUGUGCGAGGUGUUGAGGUGAAGCUGCUGGUCAGUUGUUGGAGUCACUCUCCUGGUGCCAUGUUUGUCUUCCUCCAGUCUUUAUCGGUCCUCAACAAACCCCCUCUGAGCUGCAAGAUUCAUACCAAAGUUUUUGAGGUGCCUUCAAAACGAGAGCAGCAGAGGAUUCCAUUUGCACGUGUCAACCACGCCAAAUACAUGGUGACUGAUAGAGUUGUUUACAUUGGAACCUCCAACUGGUCCGAGAAUUAUUUCACCCAGACGGCAGGGGUUGGGCUGGUUGUGAAUCAGACAGGUUCGGCAGUAAGGCACGGCCAACAAACCGUUCAGAGCCAAUUAAAGAAUAUUUUCCAAAGGGACUGGCAUUCACAAUAUGCCCAAACCCUUACCGAUGCUCACGCAGAACAUUGUAGUGGAAUAAAGCUUACAUAAUACACUCUCUCUAACUGUAUGUUGCUAAGCACUCUCAUUUAAAAAAUAAAAACAUCAAAAACCAUGAACUCAUUCAAACACAAAAAGUCUUCCCUGCGGCAUUGCUGCCUACUGUUAACUUAUUCAUGGUGUAUGUAUUUGCUAAAUGGAUGCUGUGCAUUUUAUUGUUUGUUUUUUUCAUUAUGUGUAUAUUUGCAUUGUGUGACAUUUGCCGGAAUAAGGACAAGCUCCUUGGGCAAGCACUGAUCUUUGACGUUGGUUACAUGUGCAUGUAAAUUAAUUAUUGUUAUAAUAGAUGCCUUGGCUGUAACAUUAGUUUUUAAAAUAAACCAGUUUUUAUU